GUGUCAGGUCGUCCUCCGAAAUUUUACAUCCCCAAAUGGUUGUACUCUCCUUGUGUUAAUUUGUUACGAAAUGAUAGCUGAACCCUAACAAUCUUCAUAACCAAAUAUGAACACAAUCAUACAAUCUCCAUCUCUAGACGCUUGCAAAUCCUUUAAGCUCCUGAGAUCCAGCAGUUACCAUUACACUACACCUUCAAUACAUAAACCCAAUUAUUGCUAUCCUUGCGUUUCCUGCAGGGAUACUGGAAGUAGAAAGUUCGACAGUAGGGAGAGGGCCAAAGUACAUGGGAAGGGGAAGGAAAAUGUGUGGAGUAUUGACAACGAAAUGGCAAAGACGGACAAGGAAAGAGAUAAGCCGAGGAGGGGGAGGAGAAAAAGAGGUGGAAAGAGGAUGAGAAAUGUUACUAGGAAAAACAAAGGUGAUAGAGUUAUGAUAUCUAGUGCUAUGUUAAUGGAAGUCGAAACUGUUUUACAGACGCAGGAACCUGUUAUCUUACCUGCAUGGAAUACAUUUAUCAGUAGUGUCAGUGGGAUAUGGAAGGGAGUUGGAGCUGUUUUUUCUCCCAUCACGGCAGAGAUGGAGCCUAUUGAGAUUGGCAACAAGAAUGAACACCUCUUUGACUGCUAUACUCUCUCUCGUAUUGAUAUAGAGUCAUCAGCUUCUGCCAGUCAAAGAUCUCUAAUUCGAAGGAAAGUAAAUUGGGUAACAGUGAAUCCACACGGGGAAGUUCCAGAAUCGAAUGGGGAUGACAAUAGAAGCCUAGAGAACUUCACAGAUGCAGCAUUGUCCUUCGAUAUACAUGAUACACCUGAUAGAAAAUCAAGAAAUUUGCCUAAGUUUGAAUCUUUUGACUUUGGAAAGACUGAUAUUAUGGAGGAAGACAUUAUGGGAAUGGAACCUGGUCUUGUAUUCUUUGAGGAUGGAUCUUACUCAAGAGGCCCAGUUGAUAUCCCAGUUGGUGAAUCGGAUGAGUCUAACUAUUACCUCUCACCAACUUUUAAGUUCGAGCAAUGUCUGGUAAAAGGUUGUCACAAGAGACUCCGCAUGGUGCACACAAUAGAGUUCAAUAAUGGGGGUUCAGACAUCCAAAUAUUGAGGGUUGCUAUGUAUGAAGAGCAGUGGGUUAGUACUGCUAAUCUAGCUGACCAAAGUGACAUGGAGCUGGACGUGAAGCCCUUUUCUCAAAGAAGAAGAAUCCAACCAUCAGAGCUGACUGGAUCUUGGAAAGUGUUUGAGGUGAGUGCAACACCUAUCUACGGUGAGGACAACACAACGGAAACAACUCAUGGCAUGCCAUAUGUUUACCUAUGCACGGAAAACCUGAAGAAGAGAAGCCUCCCAGAAAAUCCAGUGUACUUUGGAGAAGAGGAAUUGUUAGACAUGCAGGAUGCAACUGUUCUCUGGCUACCAGGAGGCGUUACGAGUUAUGUUGAUGUGAACAAGGAUGGGACUCUAUGUAUAGGAGUUGGGUGGUAUUCAGAUGAAGGAGUGAACCUUGUUAUGGAAAGAGAUUAUGAAGCGGAUGGCAAACUGAAAGAGGUUCGAUCGAAGUCAGAGAUGAAGAGAAGAUGGACUAAUCCGCCACCCAUGUAAAUUCUCUUCACCCCUUUUCUUUCUUUUAAGUUUUGAAUCCAUGUUGACAUAAAUGGAAUUCAAAUUUUAUGCAUUGACAACCAAAACAAAAAAGUUACUUAUUCCUUAAAAAAAUAUGAACAAGGAAAUAAACAGAAAUGAAAUGGAACAUAAAAAAAAGGAAAUCGAAUUCAUAUAUAGCACUGCCUCUCUCCUAGCCCAUGAAUACAAACAAGGCAAGUGAAAAUCCAAAAACCAUUUUGCUCAUAGUGCCAAAUGUACCAGAGGCAGCAUUAUGUGGCAUAGACUUUGUGCCAUAGGGAGUUGCAGGUGUUGUGGCAGAGGAAGUUCCUUCAACUUUGAUUGCCAAUUUCAUGCCAGUGUCACAGUGAUUAAGUGUAGGACAAACAAAAUACAUGUCACCUGCACUUGAGAGGGGUAUGCUAUUCUGUCCACCAGUAUAAGAUAGGAGAGCAUUUCCAGUGUUGCAAUUGUCAUAAUCAUCUUUACUUACUACGUUCACGCCAUGACUUCCACCAUAGUUAAACACUGCCAAAGCCCAAACAUAUCUUGUUACUAUUUUAAUAUAUCACAUCCAUAUCCUAUUCUACAAUUUCACAUGUAUGUCAGACACGGCUUUAGAAAGCAAGGAAGCUUAAAAGCUUAUGCACAAUAUAAUAUUUUGAUGAA